AUUAAGAAUAUACAUAUUGAAAUAUACAGAAAAUAAUUAAAGAUGGGUUGCUCACCUAGUACCUUGGCAACAUCAACUGCGCCGGACGUAGCAGAUACCAAUCAAACUAUGCCAAGAGCAACACCCAUUACAGAAGCAAAUGAAAAAGAUGAUAAUCUAUUCUUUUGUAUAAAAUUUCGACGAUCACGUUUGAGACGUUGUAGUCAACAAAAUGGCGCUGAUGGUAGUGCAGGCAGUACUGGAAGUGCGCUAAAUGGCGACGAUUUGCUCAGUCACGCACACAUGUGUAAUCAAUCUCUAUUGAAUCCCACACAAACAAAAAAUGAGGCUGACUAUGAAAAGGUUGUGCAGUGGAAAGAUACAACUGUUGAAGGUGGUAAUAGCGAAAAUUAUACGAAGAAUAUUAAGUGUAAACUUUUUUGCUCACGAUUACAAAAAUCGUGGUUGUGGGUACUGAUAAAAAUGGAUUGA